AAAAAAAAGACACUCAGGCAGUCUGGGCUGGGUCUGCUUACAAGGAGGGGAACUCUCUGUAUUCAUGGUGGUGCUGUGAUAACCUGAGCACUUUUCUCUUCCAUCCCUUUCCCCCCCUUUUUUUUUAUUUGCACACACAGACGGCUCAUGUCUGCCUUAUAGACAUGAUGAUCUCUGUGCAUUUAAGGACUUUUAUUUUUCUGGUGGUCUCAAAGGUUUUGAUUGUGACCUGUCAGGACGUGGGCGGCGAAGGCAGCUGUGAAUAUGAUGGACAGAUCUAUGAAAAUAAGGACAUCUGGAAGCCGACUGUCUGCCGGAUCUGCGUUUGUGACGAAGGAAAAGUACUCUGCGAAGACAUCCAGUGUGAUGACGUGACAAACUGUGAGAAGUUGUACGUCCCGGAUGGUGAGUGCUGCCCAGUCUGUCAGGCGGAUUCACCAAACACCGGAGGCGGGACAGGUACCUCAGGUGGAGGCAGAGUCUAUAAGGGUCAGAAAGGAGAACCAGGAGAGGUUCCAUAUGUGACGGGAAUCAGAGGCCGACCAGGACCCAUGGGACCUCCCGGCCCAUCAGGAGAGAGAGGACCUCGUGGACACAAAGGAAGACCUGGACUGCGUGGACCAGCAGGAUAUGAUGGAGAACCAGGUAUACCAGGUCAACCUGGAGAACCAGGACCUCCAGGUCCUCCAUCGCACCCAGGGGGACUGGGAGCUCAAAUGGCUCAAGGAGUGGAUUCGAAAACAGGACCACAGCACAUGUUGAGUGGCGCCAGGGGAGAAGCAGGUACAAGAGGCCCACCGGGGCCGAAUGGCUCACCUGGUCACCCUGGACCACAAGGACCUCCAGGAGAUGUUGGUGAUCCAGGUCAUAUGGGCUCACCAGGGCUGAGGGGACCUGAGGGCCCACCAGGAAAACCCGGCGAAGAUGGAGAAGCAGGUAGAGGAGGAAAUGCCGGAGAAGUUGGAUUCCCUGGAUCACCGGGAUCAAGAGGAUUCCCUGGUACACCUGGUCCACCUGGCCUGAAGGGUCACAGAGGUCAUUCUGGACCAAUUGGCCAAAAAGGUGAAACUGGAGCACUUGGAUCUAAGGGUGCCACAGGGCCGCCUGGUCCUAUGGGAGGACCUGGGCCAAUGGGUCCCGCUGGGAUGCCGGGUGAGAGAGGACGCCCUGGACCUAGCGGUGUCGCAGGGAAGCGGGGUAUGCCUGGCAACAUUGGGAAACCUGGACCACUGGGCCCGUUAGGUCUCAGCGGUCCUGCAGGGUAUCCAGGAUCUCCGGGUAUGAAGGGACAACCUGGUCCCACAGGGGUCCGAGGUCCAGAAGGCCCACAGGGUCAGAGAGGAGAGACGGGUCGUUUAGGCAGACCUGGACCAGUUGGACUCAGGGGACCCAUGGGUACAGAUGGAGGCCCAGGAACCAAAGGACCAGUGGGUAAUGUGGGUCCACAAGGUGCAGGAGGCCAUCCUGGACCCCCUGGCCCACCAGGACCACAGGGAAGCACGGGUCAGCCUGGCAUAAAAGGACAGGGAGGAGACGUUGGUGUUCCUGGCUUCAAAGGAGAGGCAGGACCAAAAGGAGAACCGGGUCCACCAGGUUCUCAGGGAGUGAUAGGACCUCAGGGUGAGGAAGGAAAGCGAGGACCACGUGGAGAUCCCGGCUCUGUUGGGCCUCCAGGUCCCGUCGGUGAGAGAGGUUCUCCUGGUAACAGAGGUUUCCCUGGUGCUGAUGGCCUGCCUGGGCCAAAGGGUGCUCAAGGAGACCGUGGCACUUCUGGUCCACCGGGCCCAAAAGGCUCUCUUGGGGACCCCGGACGUCCAGGGGAGCCUGGUCUACCAGGUGCAAGGGGUCUUACUGGUACCCCAGGAGUCCAGGGGGCAGAAGGGAAGCCAGGGCCCCUGGGUGCAUCUGGUGAGGAUGGUCGUCCAGGCCCAGCCGGAUCAAUUGGCAAUAGAGGCCCUGUAGGAACCAUGGGGGCCCCAGGCCCAAAGGGCUUCACUGGUGACCCUGGAAAAACAGGAGAACAAGGAUCUGCAGGAGUGCCAGGUCAAAGAGGACCUCCUGGAAAAGAUGGAGAGGUCGGCCCAGCAGGCCCCCCUGGUCCACCCGGCCCAGCAGGAGACAGAGGAGAACAGGGGCCACCAGGUGUACAUGGAUUCCCGGGUUUACCAGGAAACCAAGGCCCCCCUGGAGAGUCUGGUAAACCAGGUGACCAGGGCAUCCCUGGAGAAAUUGGUCCAGUUGGUCAAAUUGGACCAAGGGGGGAGCGAGGAAUCCCUGGAGAGAGAGGAGAACUGGGAGCAUCCGGUCUGCAGGGACCUAAAGGAAUUCCUGGUGCACCGGGACCAGAUGGACCAAAGGGCAGCCCUGGUCCUACCGGCACUGUUGGAGAUGUGGGUCCUCCUGGUCUUCAGGGAAUGCCCGGAGAACGAGGAAUCUCGGGUCCUCCAGGGCCCAAGGGUGACAGGGGUGCAAUCGGUGAAAAAGGAUCAGAGGGUACACCUGGCAACGAUGGUGCAAGAGGAGCCCCAGGUCCCCUUGGCCCUGUAGGACCUGCUGGACCCAGCGGUGAAAAGGGGGAACCCGGACCAAAAGGGCCAGCUGGACCUCCAGGACCCAGAGGAACACCGGGUUCAAGAGGAGACCCUGGUCCGAUCGGGGCUGUUGGAUUCACCGGACCCCAGGGUCCUGAUGGACAGCCUGGAGUCAAGGGAGAGCUUGGAGAGCCUGGCCAAAAGGGAGAGGCUGGCUCUCCAGGACCUCAGGGUUUGGCUGGAGCUCACGGACCUCCGGGUCCAGUUGGUGUUUCUGGGCUAAAAGGAGGACGAGGAACACAGGGUGCACCGGGCCCAACUGGUUUCCCUGGUUCUGCAGGAAAAGUCGGUCCACCAGGCCCACCUGGUCCCGUUGGAGAAGCAGGACCACAGGGACCUCCUGGGAAAGAGGGUCCACCUGGCCUGCGUGGUGAUCAUGGAUCCCCAGGAAGACAGGGUGAGCGUGGACCUGCAGGACCCCCAGGAAGCCCUGGAGACAAAGGAGACCCUGGAGAGGACGGGCCAACGGGUCCUGAUGGUCCUCCGGGUCCGGCUGGAACUACAGGACAGAGAGGCAUUGUGGGUCUUCCUGGUCAGAGAGGAGAACGAGGAAUGCCCGGUCUUCCAGGGCCAGGGGGACCUCCAGGAAAGCAGGGCUCCCCAGGUUCACCAGGAGAUAAAGGCCCCCCUGGUCCUGUUGGUGUCCCUGGUGCUAAUGGACCCCGUGGUGAUCCUGGCCCGGAUGGUCCAAGAGGAUCUGACGGACCUCCAGGAAAAGAUGGCCUUCCAGGGCAAAGGGGAGACAGAGGGGAUUCUGGGCCGGAGGGUUUGAUUGGUCCACAAGGACUUCCUGGAACACCAGGUCCUGUUGGUGCACCAGGUUCUCCAGGACGGAGAGGAGAGCCUGGUUCAAGAGGACCUCAAGGACCAUCUGGAACAGCUGGAAAACGAGGAUUAGGGGGACCACAAGGACCAAGAGGAGAUAAGGGUGACCUGGGAGAUCAUGGAGAGAGAGGACAGAAAGGACACAGAGGCUACACCGGUCUGCAGGGUCUUCCUGGACCUCCAGGAACAACUGGUGAGCAAGGAGCUCCUGGAAUAGUUGGACCAGGUGGUCCGAGGGGUCCUCCCGGGCCUAUCGGACCUCCUGGUAAAGAGGGAUAUAUGGGCCAGCCUGGACCAAUGGGACCCCCGGGAACCCGUGGACUCAGUGGAGAAAUUGGACCUCAGGGCCCUCCAGGAGAACCUGGACCCGCUGGACCUCCUGGGCCUCCGGGACCCCCUGUGGCGGCUAUGGACGAUCUGUUUGGUGGCCCCCAGGAUUACGACUCUGGGCCUCCUCCUCCUCCAGAGUUUAGCGAAGAUGAAGCCAUGCCAAACAGCAACUCUUCAUCCAUCAUUAUGCCUGUUGACCCCAGCGUACAGGCCACCCUGAAGGCCCUCAGCAGCCAGAUCGACAGCAUAAAGAGUCCAGACGGUAGCAGGAAGCACCCAGCCAGGACCUGUGAUGACCUGAAGAGGUGCUAUCCCAUGAAGAAGAGUGGUGAGUACUGGGUGGAUCCAAACCAGGGCAGUUCAGAAGAUGCCAUCAAGGUUCACUGCAACAUGGACACAGGAGAAACCUGCAUCUCUGCCAACCCAGCCAGCAUACCCCGUAAAGUGUGGUGGACCUCCUCCAGGAACAAGCCCGUGUGGUUCGGAGCUGACAUCAAUGGCGGGACGCAUUUCACUUAUGGCAACAUGGAUCAGCCUGCGAACUCCGCCACAGUUCAGAUGACCUUCAUACGCCUGCUUUCCAAGGAGGCAUCUCAGACCAUUACUUACCACUGUAAGAACUCUGUGGCCUACAACGAUGCCAAGAAUGGGAACCUGAAGAAAGCUGUGAUCCUCAGAGGCUCCAACGACUUGGAGCUCAAAGCCGAGGGGAAUAACCGCUUCAGAUAUACAGUGUUGGAAGACUCCUGCUCGCAAGCAUCUGGCAACUGGGGCAAGACAGUGUUUGAAUACAGGACACAGAAAACUGCAAGACUUCCCAUUGUUGAUAUGGCCCCUGUGGACAUUGGUGGCCCAAAUCAGGAGUUUGGCAUCGAUAUCGGGCCUGUGUGCUUCUUGUAAAAAUUCAGCAGACUGUUGAACUGACAGCUGACAUGGUCAGAGUACUGAGGACUCUUCUGGCCCUGUGGCAGGAUAUUUAUUGUGCCUUUCAAUCCAGUUCAAGACAUCCAAGAUUUCUAAUUUUGUAAAAAUGUUUGGUUUUAAAAAAUAAUUGGUAAAAAAAACAACUAAAUCAUUCUUUUGUUGUCUUGUGUUUGUUCAGCUAAAGCUUCAUGCAUUAAAUUUCAUUUCACUAAUUGGAUCCAAAUAAUAAUAAAAAAAAAGCUUUAAAAUGGUACCCAUAACUGCUGUUUAUAAGCCCAGAAAUGUUAAAUCUCCCACCCCAUUGCUAUUAUUAUCAUCAAUGAGUUUUUUUUUUGUUUUUGUUUUUUUUACAAAGUUGCUGUUUUUAAUGUUUAAACUAAACACAUUUUGGUGCUAUUAAGGAAAACACCAUCUCGGAUGAGGUCAGCGAUGCAGCGUCUGAAGUCUGCAUCCAGCUCCUUGGAUCGCAGGCGGGGGAUCAGACCCAUUUCAUCCUUCGAUUGCUCAGUGUUAGCUACCUCGUCACCAAAGCUGAGAAAACGAUGAUGCUGCAUGUAAAUCUUUCUUCCCAGGUGCUGUUUUUCUUUUAAAGUGGUGUGAUCUGUUCUUCCGGUCCAGAAAGGCAGGGUUUGACGAAAGAGGUGGGUGGUGUGGGAGGGGUUAGGUGGUUUGUGGUGACCUUUAACCCACAUAAAGGUACAGCAACAGGUAGCAGAACUAUAACCAUUUUCUGAACGGCAGUUCCCCAUUUGCCGUAUUCUGGGCUUUUAAUAUUGCUUAAGAAAUCCUUCUUAUAUUCAGUUUUUUUUAGAAUAACUGGCUGUCUGCUUUGUACUUUUUGCUAUGCAACAAAUUAAACUGAAUGCUUUUUAAUCCCCUAA